AAACAGAGAAAAAAGGGGAGGUGGGGGAGGCAACGUUCGUGAGGUGUUUCAAAGGCGUUCCAAUCUGUCUGCAUUUCCCUCUCGAGGGAACUUUGAUUGAGCGUCAAUGGGGUUAUUCACUGGACUCUAAUCCGCAUUGUUUCGCAGUCCCGGAUUUUAUUGCUACCUUCCACUUGGAUUUUUCGACAAAUUCUUCCCUGGCACCGUUUGGACAGUGUGUUGAAAAUGGAUAGGAGACUCAACGGACCCACCGGUGGCGCCGCCAGCACUAAAUCUUCUACAACUACUUUGCAACCAAACUACGGCAACCAAUCCGUUCAGGAAGCAUUGGAACACUUAGCAUCCAUUGAUUUAAUUGACUUGUGCAAGGAAGCCAAAAUUGAGCGCUGCCGGGCAACUAGAGACUUGAGAAGCUGUGGCCGCUAUGUCCACCAUUUGUUGAAUUCAUGUGGGCAUGCCUCUCUAUGUGCAGAAUGUAGUCAAAGGUGUGAUAUCUGCCCAAUUUGUAGAAUCCCGGUACCCAAGACUGGCACUAGACUGCGUCAACGUCUUUAUUAUGAGUGCAUUGAAGCUGGUCUUAUAUCUAAAAGAUGUGAUGAGAGGUUUCAAGAAAUAGAAGACAGGGAGAAACAGCUAACUGCUGAUGUCCAACGACUUUAUUCUUUGUUUGAUGUUGCACUUGAGAAUAACUUGGUUUCUCUAAUCUGUCACUACGUGACAGAUGUAUGUAUGGAUGAGACUGCAGUUUCGAGCGAUCCUGUCAUUGCAUUUUUGUUGGAUGAAGUGGUGGUAAAGGAUUGGUGCAAGAGGACAUUUGAAAACGUCAUAUCUGAAUUACAUGAAAUCUAUAGUCUUGACAUUGGAGGAAUGAUAAAUAGAUUGAGUUCACUUCUUAAAUUUAAAUUACACUUGGCUGGAAUAUCUAAUGUACUAGAAGUUUUGGAGUCAUCUUUCAAGGGCACUGUCUCAGCACAACUUAAUGAUCUGCACAAUCUCCAGGAGAGUGUAUCAAAGACAAAGCAGCAUCUGGAGAUUAUUAUUUGGUGUACAAGACAUGAAUUUUUGGAGCUUGUGAGAUCUCGUUUUGCUGAUAUUUCAUCAUGGGCUUCAGAUGUACGUGAACGGAAAUCAGCGGCAAUCAGGCGUGCUUGGCCCAAUGCAAUAAGUCCACCUGGGGAAUCAACAUGGCAGGAUGGUUCUUUAUUUAUUGAAGAUGCAUUAAAUAAUCUUGAAUUAGAGGAGGGUUUGAUAAAGGACAUUGGAGAGGGUUUGACAGUUGCUUCCUUGCAGAAGGAUGGUACAUCAAUUUUCAUGGCUAAUGCUGAUGGGGUACUGGGUUGCUAUCCCUUCAAAAAUCUUCGAGCUGCUGCUGACUUACUCUUUUUGCGUGGUAGUUCUGAUAUGGUGAUCGCAAAGCAAGCCAUUUUUCUGUAUUAUUUGUAUGAUCGCCACUGGUCAAUUCCAGAUGAAGAAUGGAGAGAAAUAGUGGAGGACUUUGCAGCUACCUUUAGAAUUAGUAGGCACUCGUUAUUGGAGUCUUUAAUAUUCUAUCUUCUAGAUGAUCACACGGAAGAGGCUUUACAGGAAGCUUGUCGCCUUCUUCCUGAAAUUUCUGGCCCAGCAUCACAUCCUAAAAUUGCUGAAGUUCUGUUGGAAAGGAAUAGUCCUGAUACAGCUCUUAUGGUUUUAAGGUGGGCUGGCCGUGAUGGUGGAUCACAGUUGAUUUCGCUUCAAGAUGCUGUGACUGCAGUGAGGGUGAGGGUUGAGUGUGGACUUCUGACUGAAGCUUUUAUGCAUCAGAGACUGCUCUACACCAGAGUGAAGGAAACAAAAUUUAUGCAUGGAGUAGCUGGGGAUACUUUGGACAAACUAAAAGGUCAAUAUGGCAGUUGGCUGGAGUGGGUCGAGGCCUUGGUGACUGAGAUUUGUUGGCUCUGUAUCAGGAGGAGCUGGGUUGACCGAAUGAUAGAGUUGCCAUGGAAUUCUGAUGAAGAGAAAUAUAUACACAAGUGCCUCUUGGAUUAUGCUGUUAAAGACCCCCUUAAGACUACUGGAAGUCUUCUUGUUGUGUUCUAUAUUCAACGCUACAGAUAUGCUGAAGCGUACCAAGUUCAUCUUAAACUUGAAAAGGUAGAGCAAGCGUCAAUUUCAGAAGUUUCUUUUGGAGAAGAAGCUCUAUCUAGAAUAAGGACACUCAGUCAAUGGAGAGCUAAUUUGGUUGAUAGAUGCUUGGAGUUGUUGCCUGAAGUUAAGCAGCGACAACUGAGGAGUGGAAAUUUCACUGAAGGUGCUGCUACCGCUGAUGUAGAAGUUGAAAGUCCAUCUAAAUCUGAUGUUCCUCAGAUACAGGACUCCAGGCUGACUAGUUUAUUGGUCCCCUUAUCUGCUAAUUCUACCCAUGUGUUGGGUGUGGACAAUGCAAUCGGCUUGUUGCGGUCAUCAACUUAUGAGACUCCAACAAAAGUUGGCCAGGCUUUCUCCAGUAUCAACCCUGAGCUUGGUAGAUUUGGUUCUGCAUCAUCACAUGAAUGGUUAUUAACCAACAGUGAGAGGAGGCCAAAAUAUCGAAGUAGCACUGGCAAAAGUUUCAGAUAUGAUGCUGUAACUCAACGAAAUCACAGGAUUCAUUCCAUUAAUGGUUCACCUGUAAGGGGAUAUAGCAGAACAUCGCCAAGUAAUUCCCAAGACAGCAUGCAGGAUAAAAUCUCACCCGGAGAUGGAUGGAAUCAGUUUCUUGGUCAUAAUUCAAACGGCAGUCCCAUGUAUCCCUGGAAAGCUGCAGCUAAUGCUGUUACUAUAUCUGCUGUCGGUGAUUCUACAGAAUUUGUGAAUGACCUGCUUAUGUCCAGCAGAAAAUUUCAAUCACAGAGAGAUGAUAGAAAUUGGAGCACAGCUGCCUCUGAUGAUCCAAUGGAUGUUUCUUUGAGCCAUAUGGAAGGCAGCUUAUCUAUUGAAAAAAGCAACACCAAUGGUGGACCAAGGUGGAGGUCGGAUGAAGAAACUGGUGACGAGGAAGAAGAGAAGAUUCUAGAAAGAGCUAUGGGGAUAGCUUAUCAUGCAACUUCAACUAGGAAAACCAGACGUAGCAGAUUUACCAAGAGAUGAGCGCGACUCUUACUUGGUACGAGUCUGGAAAUUAUCUGGAAAUGAAUAGGUAACAUUCUUGUUGAAAGAGCUGUUUUAGGAUGAGAGUUGUACCUUUUUGGAAGGUGGAAAUUUUCAAGUUUACGACUACACUGGUCAUAGUUGUGUACCUGAUAUUCAGAGAAGGAAAUAUUAAUUUUGAAGGUCCAUUUCCUUCCCAUUUCCAAUGUUGUUCAUCAAAGUAAUGUAGAUUUACUGAUAAUAUUUUGAGCGAAUUCAAAGCGGAGGUGUCUGAGUGAGUUUUACUUCGUCAUC